AUGGCCAUUGGGUCAGAUGCCUUAGAUAUUCAUAAUAACCUUCCAUAUGAGUCGGAUGCUGACAGACAGAAGAUGUCAGUAGUCUUAGAUCUUUGGGGCAGGCAUUGUACAGGGGCUACCAAUGUUAUCUAUGAGAGAUUUAAAUUCAACAACUGUACUCAAGGGUCAGAUUCAUUUGAUGCUUUUGUUGUUAGACUACGCGCGUUGGCCAAGUCAUGUGAUUUUGGGCAAUUGAGAGACAGCCUGAUCAGAGAUAGGCUGGUGUGUGGAGUUGCCGACAACACUCUCCAAAAAAGGCUACUCCAAGAAAGUAACCUCACACUCGAGGCAGGCAUCAAAAUUGGCCACGCGUUCUACGCAACAAAGCAACACAUGAAGGACAUGACCAAGAGUGAUGAAAGUGUUUCAUUUCUGAGAAACAAAGAAAGCACUUAUAGAGAUAAAGAGCCUAAGGUCAUUAAAAACUGUAAAUACUGUGGUGGUUCUCAUGAAGUCCGAAAAUGCCCAGCUUAUGGAAAAAAGUGUAAUAAAUGUGGCAAUAUGAAUCACUUUGCCAAGGUCUGUAUGAAAGAGACACAGUUCAGAAACAAAAUCAGACUAGUCCAAGAUGAUGGUGAAGAGGUGUUGGCCCUAAAUGCAAUUGGUGAUAAUAGUACCUACAAAGACAAAGUGAUGGCUGCAUUUUUAAUACGAGGAAACAAAAUUUCAAUGCAGGUGGAUAGCGGGGCCACGUGCAAUGUUAUACCAAAGAGACAUGUCCCUGACAAUGUUGAGAUUAACUAUGGUACACGAAGACUCUCAUUGUAUGGUAAUAAGGCCACAGUAGAUGGGAUAGGUGUAUGUAACAUUGUUCUGAAGAACCCAAAGAACCAUAGAAAGUAUGACGUAAAGUUUGUGGUCGUUCAUGAGGAUUGCACGCCCUUGAUAGGUGCUAGGAUGUCCCAGAUAAUGAAAAUCCUAAAAGUACAACACAAAAACUUUGUGGUGGGAUCAGUGUCAGAUGGUUGCACAAUUGUAGGCAAAGCUUUAAGCAAAGUAGAUGUGAUAAAUGCGUACCCUAAAGUCUUCAAGGGACGUGGGAAGAUGCCUGGGAAGGUACAUCUUCAGGUGGAUCCGGCUGUAGAGCCUGUUGUAAUGCCUCCAAGGCGUGUGCCUUUGGCAGUCAAAGAAAAGUUGAAAUCAGAAUUGACCAGACUAGAGGGGUUGGGAUACAUCGAGAAGGUUGUAGAACCAACAGAAUGGGUCUCGGGUUUGGUAACAGUGCAGAAGCCUAAUGGGAAUAUCAGAGUAUGUAUAGAUCCCUUAUACUUAAAUAAGGCCUUGAAAAGGGGACAUUACCCUCUCCCUGUGAUUGAAGAUGUACUACCACACAUGUCCAAAGCUCAAGUCUUCACUAAAGCAGACUGUAAAGAAGGCUUUUUGCAAAUAGAACUUGAUGAUGAAUCAACUCGUUUGACAACGUUCCAGACCCCGUGGGGCAGAUACAAGUGGAAUAGGAUGCCCUUUGGAAUCUCCCCAGCGCCGGAGAUAUUCCAACAACAAUUGGACUGUAACUUGGAAGGGUUGGAAGGUGUGUUCAAGAUCGCAGAUGACAUCAUCAUAACAGGACAUGGAGCCGACAUGGCUGAAGCGAACGACAACCACGAUGAGAACUUGAAAGCAUUUCUCGACAGAUGUUCUGAGCGAGGAAUCCGCCUUAACGAGGAGAAGUUUGACUACAAGUCUGAACAGAUCAAGUUCAUGGGACACGUUCUGAGUAAGGAUGGACUGAAAAUUGAUCCUAAGAAAGUGGAAGCUAUAAAGAAUAUGCCGCGUCCAGAUUCAGUUGAAGCGAUACAACGAUUUGUAGGAAUGGUGAAGUACCUCGGGAAGUUCCUGCCGCGACUAUCGGACAUUAGCGAACCACUCAGACGCCUUACACACAAAGGUGCAGAAUUCCUGUGGGGACAGGAACAAGAAGUAACGUUCCAAGAAAUCAAAGAUCUGGUCAGCCGCGCCCCGGUUUUGCGAUAUUUCGAUGAGAAGUGUCCCACCGAGGGGCAAGGUGAUGCAUCCCAAUACGGACUCGGGUAUGCAUUACUACAAGAUGGACAACCGGUGUCCUAUGCGAGUCGAGCUCUCACACCAGCGGAAACCCGUUACUCGCAAAUUGAGAAAGAAUUGUUAGCACAAGUAUUCGGACUAGAGCGACAUCAUGACUACGUUUAUGGUCGGAAGGUGACUUUGUUGACGGAUCACAAGCCUCUUGUCGACAUUUUGAGCAAACCUCUUGCAACAGCUCCUAAACGCCUUCAGAGACUAAUGAUAAGACUGAGUCAGUAUGAUGUUGAAAUCAAGUACAUACCAGGUACAGAGAUGUACCUUGCUGAUACACUAUCGCGAGCGUUCCUGGAGAACGGUGACAGAUCAGGCAUUGAAGAAGAGGUCGAGCGUAUUCACCUUAUUGAUGCUAUUCCAGUAUCUCAGAAUUCGCAACAAGAGAUCCGCGAAUCUACCGCGCGCGAUACAGCCCUGAACGCAGUGAUGGAGUAUAUUGCGUCAGGAUGGCCGAGCACUAGCCAGACUUGUACGCCGGAGGCAAGACCGUUCUUCAGCAUUCGUCACGAACUAACAAGCGAUAACGGUAUCGUGUUCAAAGGACUGAGAUGUGUCAUCCCCGCGGACAUGAGAGUCGAAAUUCGCAAAAAACUACACGCUAGUCACACAGGCCUCGAGAGCACACUACAAAGAGCAAGGGAGUGUGUCUAUUGGCCGAAUAUGACAUCCGACAUGAAGGACUACUUGUCGCGGUGUGAAGCAUGCAACAUAUAUGCUUCAUCACAAAGGAAGGAAACUCUCAUACACCAUGAACUACCAACGCGUCCUUGGCAGAAAAUCGGAUGUGACAUUUUCUCGCUAGAUGGCCGUGACUAUCUUUGCACAGUGGACUAUUUUUCCGAUUACUGGGAGAUAGACAACUUGACCGGGAAAAAGGAUGCGCCAGCUGUGAUCACUCGAUUGAAGAGACAUUUCGCGAAUCACGGCAUCCCGGAAACGUUCCAAUCCGACAAUGGACCCCCGUUCAAUUCGCAUGAUUUUAAUCAAUUCGCGAGUGUAUACGGUUUCGAGCAUACUACAAGUUCGCCAGAAUAUCCGCAAAGUAACGGAAAAGCGGAAAAUGCGGUGAAAAUCGCAAAGCAGCUUCUGAAAAAGACUAAGAAAGGAGAGGAGGACUUCUACAUGAGCCUUCUUGUGUGGAGAAACACACCAACUGUUGGCUUGAACAGUUCACCUGCUCAACGUCUAUUCGGUCGCAGACUUCGAAACAAUCUGCCGAUAGCUAGCGUUCUACUUAAACCGAAGCUACAAACAGACACUAAUCAACGAAAAGAAAAGAAUCGCGAAAAGCAGGCACAUUACUACAAUCGCGGUGCCAAAGAUCUGCCAGAACUUAAAGUCGGAGAUACUGUAAGGGUUAAGCCAAAAAAGCAUGCCAGGGCCUGGGAAAGUGCCAUCGUUCUCGAGAAAGUUGGUAUUCGGUCAUACUCCAUCCGAACUGAGCGCGGAGCAGAGAUUCGAAGAAACCGCCGACAUCUUCGAAAAUCAAAUGAACAGUUUGAUGAUAAUACUGACUUGGCUGUGGAUCAAGAACCCUCUGCAACGGACAAUCCUCAAAACACACCUCCAACCCCUACCGAGUCACCACCAAACAUGACAUCGAGUAGUGACAACUCCGGGCAGAGCUCAGAACAAUUCCGCAGAAGUCAGCGGCAGACUAAACAGCCAGCAUACCUACAAGAUUACAAACUCAACUGA